GUGAAUGAUGCAGAAAAUGUCAGUUGGGAUGAAAUAAUGUGGAUAAAUAAUUACUCUGAGCAGUUUCAAAGUUCACAAAGUUAUGAGAGCAAAGAGCUACAAGUUAGGGAAAUUGAACAAUAUGAAGAAAUUUCUUAUCAAAUACAAGAGGCAGUAAUUUCAGAAAGGAAAGAGAUUGAUAGUCAUGAAUUUGAGGCCCAAAAAGAAGUUUACAGUGAGCUUUCAGGGGAUGAUUCUAAUCAAAAUGAGGCCAGUGUGGAGUUAGUAUUUGAAAGUAAGAUUGAAGGCACACAAAAUACUGAUGAUCACGCAAAAUUGGCGAGUUUUGAUCCAAUUUAUAUAGGGGUUUUUGCUCUCAUUCUGGUAGUGGUGGCUACAAGUUUUCUUUAUUAUUCAAUAGUUGUACAAAAGAAGACAGCCGUGCCAGCACUGGUGCUUGUGAAUCGUGGAGAAGUAACAAGUUCCUACAUGAAUUUUGGUACAACAGGAAGUGUAUAUUCUGAAUGCCAAGAGAGCAACUUUUAUCAGCCUCGAUGGAAGAAUAACAUGUCGCCGACCAAGACUGAAUCAAGCUCUUCAAGUCAUAGAAGCUCCUCACGCUAUGGACGGUCAACUGGAGAUUCGCUUACCCAUGGAAGCUUUACAGUUGAGAAGGAGAUUAUUAAUAAAAAGAAAAGCCAUACUCCAGAGGUGAUCAUAUCUAGGGUGAGGCGAUCCAGCAGAAUAAACAACCGAUCCUUCUCGUCUCCAUGAAACCAUAAAACGGCCUCGUUAGACCUCCUUAAUAGAUCUUUCUUCGUACGUAAUUUUGUGCAUUUUUGGGUUGUAAAUAGGUGUCGUACAGUGGUAGUAUAGUCUGUUGGUUUUUCAUCUUCAAAUACAUGAAAUAAAUUCUCUUAGCUGUAA